GUGGCACCCUGGAAAAACAAAAGGCAGAGCCGCGUUAAGCCGAAUGCCUUCCAAACCAACGCGGCUUUAACUAAGGCUGCCUUUUCCAGCUGUAGAGCAGUGGUGACUGGAAUCCUUCAGGUGUGCCAACACACCAGCAGCAGGACUACACUCCACUGAGCAGGAGGACUUUUUUCAUACCUAAAGCUUUUGAUAGGUGAUCAAUACUUUACUGCGUGCUCUUUCACGAUGAAGGCCAUGGAGGAUCAAGUAGUCCAAGAAGAACCAGGAUUCCAGGACGAUGAGGAAUCCUUUUUUCAGGAUAUCGACCUGCUGCAGAAGCAUGGAAUUAAUGUUGCAGAUAUAAAAAAGCUGAAGGCAGUUGGUAUUUGCACAAUCAAAGGAAUCCAGAUGACCACAAAACGGGCACUGUGCAAUGUGAAGGGGCUUUCAGAGGCCAAAGUGGACAAGAUUAAAGAAGCUGCAAACAAACUUGUUGAACCAGGCUUCCUCACCGCCUUUGAGUACAGUGAAAAGAGGAAGAUGGUAUUUCAUAUUUCCACUGGCAGCCAGGAGUUCGACAAACUUCUGGGUGGUGGGAUUGAAAGCAUGGCAAUCACUGAGGCCUUUGGAGAGUUCCGGACAGGCAAAACCCAGCUAUCUCACACUCUUUGUGUAACAGCUCAGCUCCCAGGACCAAAUGGCUACACAGGUGGAAAGAUUAUCUUCAUUGAUACUGAAAACACUUUCCGACCAGACCGCCUGCGUGACAUUGCUGAUCGCUUCAACGUUGACCACGAGGCAGUACUUGACAAUGUGCUGUAUGCACGUGCAUAUACCAGUGAACAUCAGAUGGAAUUGCUUGACUAUGUAGCAGCCAAGUUCCAUGAGGAAGCUGGUAUCUUCAAGUUAUUGGUACAAGACCUUUUUUUCCCCCAUAUACUUACUAUUUUCAAAAUAAGCGUUCCUGUUUUCUUUCACUAUAUUUACUUAUCUAGCAUGAUUACAAUGCAGAUCAUUGACUCCAUAAUGGCACUUUUCCGUGUGGAUUUCAGUGGUCGCGGAGAGUUGGCUGAACGACAACAGAAACUAGCUCAGAUGUUGUCAAGGCUCCAAAAAAUAUCAGAAGAAUAUAAUGUGGCCGUGUUUGUGACCAACCAGAUGACUGCUGACCCGGGAGCAACUAUGACCUUUCAAGCAGACCCAAAAAAGCCCAUUGGGGGCCACAUCCUUGCUCAUGCUUCAACUACCAGAAUCAGUUUGAGGAAAGGGAGAGGGGAGCUUCGUAUUGCAAAGAUCUACGACAGCCCUGAGAUGCCUGAAAAUGAAGCCACAUUUGCAAUAACUGCCGGAGGGAUUGGGGAUGCCAAAGAAUAGGUAAAAAAAUGGAUGCAAAUGUGCAGCUAAAAUGUGCAGCUACCCAGCUGGGUAGUUGGGAUGAAGAUUUGUGAAAGGUCAACAACUACCUGGCUGCAUUUGUAGCUUUUGGGAACUAUUUAAGAUAUUUUGGGAGAGCACUGGGAUGAACUUUGUACAGUUCAAUUUUACUGAACUAGAAUUUGGUUCAUUUAGGAUUUUUGUUUUUCAAUUGAACUUCUAGCACACAGAGAUUUAAGCAAUUAGAUUGUGAAUUGUUCUUAGAAUCCUUUUCCUAUGUUUCAAAAAACAAACCUGUCCUCUCACAUGGGAGUGAAUAUACUUUUUCUUAAUUUAUUUCAAAGAGAGUGUCAAAAUGGUAAUUUAACAGUGUGAAAUGCAACAGAACUGGAAUAAACUCAGUUAUAAAAUUGACAUAUAUAGAUGGAAAAGGCAGUGGGAGGAACAACAGCUGAAGAACUUGACGGAUUUUCAUGUACUGUAGAGGAGGAAGUAGUUUUAAGAAAACGUUUUUAAACAUUUUUAUCUUGACUAGAUAAUGUUUAUGUUUUUAUUUAGCAUUUUCCACUUUUUGGACAGAAUGUUUUAAACCUGUUCUUAUUAAAGUUAAAAAUAAAGACUAUGAAUUAGAACAGAAGUCUGACUAUGUUUGGGUGCUUUGAAUUAAACUCUCCUCUCAAAAAUCUCAUUGAUCUUUCAUGAGAAGAAUAAUCUGGGUGCAACCCAACACCUUAAAACCAUUUUUCUAGUUCUCUAAAGAAACAAACUUGAUGUAAUUUACUUGUCAUUCUUCUAGUGUAAGUAAGAAUAUUAAAGAUUACUAUUAGGUAAUAUUGUUACUAUUAAAAAGAAUAAAACAAAUCCAGUGGUUAGAUAGGAGAAACAGGCUGGCACCAGCACUUACACCAAGGAAAAGGCACUUAAGAUUCAGCUUGCUGAGGGAUCUAGCCAGCACAGGCACCGCUCUGAACUAGCCAGAGAUGUAGGUCACAGGGGCCAAAAGAAGAAGCUGGGAAUAAAGAGGGAAACAGGGCAUUGGGUGCCAAAAUAACAAUUCCUUUUGCAAUAUCUCCAAUGUUAAUGGAAUUGCUUGUUUUAAAAUAAAUGAUACAUACAUACACACACAGAUAUAAUGGGGUAGUCUUACUUUGUCCUCUGGUAAUUACAAUGAGUCGAAUUUUGGUAUCUGGUCAAAAAACUUGUCCUCACUGGCAAAAUAAUUUUUUUGUUUAGAUUACCAAAUGCAUGUAAGGUAACAUUAAGU